AUGAUACCUGGGGAAGUUAACCCACUAUCAAAAGUUAUCUGGGGAACAGAUCAAGGAUCAAAUAUUAAAAAAGCAUCAGAACAAAAUACAAGAGUAAAUUGUGCCGCCCACAUGAUAUCUAAUAUUCUAAAAGCUACAAUUGACAAUAAAUUUAUUUCGGGCGAAGAUGGAAGUAGUGUAACAGUGCCAAUUUUUAAAUUAAUUCAAGCAGCCAAAGCACUUGUAGGCUAUAUGAAAGGAACUGGUGACAACAAUAAAAUUUCAAAAACACUUAUUCAAGAGCUUGAAAUAAGAUGGAAUACCCGUUUAUUAAUGAUAAUUUCCAUUGAAGAACAGUUUCAAGAAAUUAAAGACUUGUAUAAAGAUGGUUAA